UAGUUCUGAUGUGGUGUGACGCGAUGAUCGACAUACGGUGGCAAGAGUUUGGCGCAGCUUAGUUAGGUAUUGCGUUCGGUUCGGGUUGGAUGUUCUGCGGUUUUGCUGUGCAGUUUCGAUUUUGAACGGAAAUGGCGCACCUGUGGAAUGCGCGCGCGACCUCGUUGACGGUACUGCUGUUGACGGUGUGCGUGGUCAGUUCAAUGCACAUUCCAGAAGACAUGGAGAUUAUGGAGGGGUACGACUUAGAAUCGGCUGGGACCGAAAUCAACCCAGAGGAUGAUUUCUACGAACGGCGAAGUUUACUGGAACCAUUUUAUUAUCGAGCGAUUCGUGACAAACGAGAAGUGCCUUACCGAGUUUUGGAGUCUCCUGGAUUGAGAAGUCAUUUCAGACCUCAGAUGGAAGAUCAAGAAGGUCAAAAUAAUCGAGAUCGUCCGACGCACAAAAGACAACGGAGAAGUACUACGGAUGAGAAUGACGGUGUAACUGAUGAAUUGAAGCCAACGGAAGAACUUCCCACUCCAGAGCACCAACGAAUGAACGAACGCACCAUGGAAACUUGGGUGAAAACCCCGUACCAGGUGAAGAAACCGGUGAAAGAAGAAGAAAUGGAUUCCGAAGCGGAAGCUUCCAUGAUGAGCGAAGGAAUCAAAGCGAGAGCUCCUCGGGUAAACUUCAUCACACAGAAGAAGCUCAGUUCAGAUCAAUCGGAGGCUCGUGAAGACAAGGAAAAGAUUGUUCCCGAAUUGUAUCGGAAACCACUGGCCCGACUAUUCUACGAAUACCCAGCUGCGCCAAGGGCUUACGAUUCAUACUCGUCCCACUCCCAGUCCCCUAUGUAUCCUAAGAUCUACAACAAGUACGACGAAUACCAUCGGGAUAUGAUGGAUCGGAUGCAUCCACCGGCUCCCCACCGGUUCGACAUGUACUACCAGCGACGGUAUGACAACGACUACGAUACCUACUUCCCAAGAUACUCAUUUCCCAGCUACUACUACUAUCCGGACAAAAGGUUUGAUGUUCCUUCAUACUACCGGGAUCGAAACUAUCUUCUGACGAACGACGUCCUGGAUGCUCCCGUCAUUCCUCCCUACGUCCCAACGAGAAACCGUCGCAUCAUCUACUACGCAACACUUCCGGAAGUCGUCCGAACGCCUCCCACUGUAGAUCUGCGCUAUCGCAACUACAACAAGUACCCGAACCGUUACGAUCCGUUCUACCCAACGAAGGCUCCCUACAAAGCGUCCACGGAACGGAAUCCCAGCAGUGAUCGCAAGGAUGACAAAUACGUCAGCUCUACGCCGAUCAAGAUCGUUCGGGACCUGGAAGCGCAACAGGAGACGUCCGGGACGAACAAUUCGGCCGGACGGAGACAGUAUUCGGUGAACAUAGGAGGGUCCAGGAAUAACAACUACCACCAGGAUGGGGCACGACACGAGCAGGAUCGGUCGUACUAUGGAAGGCAUCAUUGAUUGGAUUGGUGCCGUGCGUGAAUGUAGAUUAUUUGUCCGUAGUUUGUAGAUUAUAGAUUUGUGUAGCUCGGAAGAGUAGAGUAGGAAUAAUGGUUUGUAUAAUGCUGAUAUUUUAUAAUAAAGAUGAUUUUCUAUUCUACUAUUAAGAUAACGAA